AUGGCCAUGGAGGAACCAAUAGAAGGUAGGUAAGGUCACACACGAUCACUAAUAAACUCUCAAUUACAAGGGUUCGGAUCUUUCUUUCGGGAAUAACCCACACGUCAACCCCGCCCCAGCUAUUAUAUGUACCUCAUUCCCUUUUGUUUAUAUAUUCUGAUCCCCAACUAAACAACUAGCUGUGCCCAUUAUUGCAAUUCAAAUAAUACCACAGGUCUUCAUUUCAACUCUACAACGAAGAGGACCUGCCUACAAGUCACACUGUCGAAGUUGCAGAGUCUGUGGCUGCUAUGAAAGUGGCGAUGAAGGGACGUCAGCCUGAUCCGAAGAGGUGCAUAAUAUUCGAAAGUGGUUCCGGUCCUAUAUGGAAGGUGUUGAAGACUUGA